AUGUCUAAUUCAUUACGGGGGGUAUCGAGUGAUAACCAGCUUCAUAACGAUCACGAGCUGCAAGAGACUUCUCAUGACGACCUCGAAAUACUAAAUCGCCCAGAGAGCCACUCGCUAGCUUCUCCGGAAACUGGUCUUUCGGUUGCAUUUAUCGAGCAGGAAGUGAAAACUUACCUGUCCUACUUUCAUGACCAGCCAUAUUGUCUUUUUUCAAAAGGGUGGCUGUUGAGAUAUACCAGCUCACUGCCACCAGAGGUCGCAUUCCCAUUAGUGGCCCUUACUUCCCGUCUGCCUCGACGAUGUCGAGGACCUCUACACGAUAAUACUGAUGUGAAAACAUUCGCGGAGAAGGCUUGGGACAUUUUGUCAAAUCAAUACAAAGACGGCAAGAUGGGUCUUUCAUUUCUUCAAGGUACAUUUCUCAUGGCCCAGGUAGAUUUUGCCGAUGGAAAAGCUCAUCGAGCGUAUGCGUCGAUUGCCCUGGGAUUGCGUGCCGUUCAAUCAGUAGGUUUGAAUAAAGCAAAGGAAUCGUAUCUCCCAAAUGACCUGGAGAUCGAAACAAGAAAACGCAUUACUUGGGCAUUUUUUAUGCUCGAUCGCACUUACAGUGCUUCCCGGAAUUAUUCGCUCUCCCUCUCCGACAAGCAGUUCACACUUCCAUUUCCUUUUCCAGAAACGGAAGCAGGGUUUGGUGAUAAUGGGUCACUGGCCCAUGUGUCUUUGCACGACGGUCCUGGAAAACAAGGCCAGAAGGUUGAUCAUGGUAUUCUCGCAUGUCUCCUCAGGCUGUACUCAUUAUGGGGGAAAGCCACAGAGUAUGUUUUUGAACCCGUUACCGAGAACUCCCUACCUCCUUGGCAAACGGGAUCAGCUCUCGCGAUCCUCGAGUCAGAAUGGUUGCAAUUUGAAACACAUUUUGCAGACGCACAUCGAUAUAUCAAUGUCGAUUUCAAAAGCCGCGCCCGAGAAGAUCCACAAUCUCGUACAUACCUCUCGACAUGGGUGUAUGUUCAAUUUCUUUUUCAUUCAGUCCAGUGCUUGCUACACCACCCAUUCGUGAUCUUGACCAAGCUUCGCAACUUCAACGGAAAUCUGUCGGCAACAUUUCUUCAAAAGUCCUUUGAGACAUCACUCCUCCACUCUCGAUGGAUAGUUCGAUUCAUAAAGGAAAUGUCAGAGGUCAAAUUUGAAACCUGUGAUCCUUUUUUGGGAUAUUUGGCUGCCAUUGCAGCAACAAUUCAGCUCGAGCAUACUGGCAACAAAAAUCCGCAAAUUGCGCUUCUACUCAACAAAGAAUUUCGAAUCCUUGUUGACUUCAUGACGGAGCUGUCUGUGUAUUGGGAAAACGUGAGCGUUUUGGUAAGCAAAGUGAAUGACCUGGCCGCUCGCCACCAAAAUUAUGGGUCACUGUAUUAUAAUCAGGAAGGUUUCUCGGGCGCUUUAUCCAAAAUGCCAACCCCCUCGAAUAUGCCUCGAAUGUCUGCAGAAGACGAGGUUCUCAUGUGGGAAAUUCUCGAUUUUGGCUGCUCGUCAGGGGGAGACGAGGCAAUAAAGCUCGGGGAUUUGACUAUCUCUCAAGAAAGUGAAGUGCAAGCAAACAAAAGGUAUGUCGCACAAGGCAGGACCUCGUCGAGAGCCCAACGGAGAGGUCAACAGAACAAGGGUGAUCAGAGAGGGAGGGUGACCCCGAACCUUCCAGGCGGCCUUGACCAAAUAUCCGGACCCAUGAACGAAGGCCCUUUACCUGAGUGGCCAUUUCAAACGAGGGGCAGUGAUGAUGUGCUUGGGGUAGCAAUGCCUGAUAUUCCAGAUUGGAUGAUCUUGGGGGAUUAUAUGGCGGAGCAUCUGUGA